ACUAUCAUAAUUAUCAUUGUUAUCACGUAUGAAACGCAGAACGAUCCGCCGCUCGAGAUCCUUGCUCGCAUUGUCAUGACGGAUGCGAGUAAGGAUGUCUUUAUCCAAAAAGUACGGCAACAAGGCUAACGUCGACUACAAGGCGCGACUCGAGUACAAAUUGUACCUGUUACAGAAUCACACUACUGAUCAUCGUUAAUUAGCUGAAGCAAACUUUAAACCACGCUACGUCAGUCUGUGCUUUAGUGAUUUGAAUUGCAUCUUCAUCGGCCAGAGAGAAUCCGGAGCCAGUGUUCGACGUCUCGGAAUGCGCCUUGAAACAUGUGCCAUCGGGAAUCUAUUCACUUUGCAAAGUGUUCAGGAAGAAGGUCUUGUUAAUGUACAAUAAUAAGUUGAGCUCGCUCUCAGGCGGAGGUGCCUUAAGUGACUUGUUGUUGCUGACUGUAUUAGACAUUCAUGGAAACGAGUUCACCACUCUACCUUCAGGCAUAAUGUAUCUCUCUUCUCUCAAGGAACUCUAUUUACAAGACAACAAUAUUCGCAAACUGCCCAACGAGAUAGUUCAACUAAGCAAACUAACAGUCCUCAACGUCUCGAGGAAUAAUCUAAAACAGCUGCCCGAAGAGAUCGGACAGCUGCAGCAGCUCACUGCCUUAGACAUUGGUCACAACAAGUCACUGCAGAAGCUGCCCAAGUCCCUCGGCUAUGUUCAACACUUGACGAAUUUCAAUAUCGAUGGACUGAACCUUUCCUAUCCGCCGCAGGAUAUUUUAAAUGGCGGCACGAUUGUGAUUGUCGCUUUCCUGGCGAAUGAAAGUGGCAUCGAAUAUUCACCAGAGGAUUCAGUAUCCGAAACUACCAAUAUCUCCAGAGAUAUCAGUUCGGAAGACAUGCAGACGGUACACCAUAAUAAAUGUAACGACGUGCAGGCAGUGUUACAGAAGCUAGACAAAAUCAAGGAACAUCGGCAGAAUGCUUUGUUGGAAGUGGAGAAGAAUAUAAAACAGCAGCAGGAGUAUGAGAAAGAGGUGCAAUUCAUGCUCAAGGCUCACCGAAAGAAACUUUUAGAAGACUUAGCAUUACAGCAAAUACAAUUAGAACAAGAACUAGAGAAGGUGCAGCAGGAAAGAGACACGAAUAGGGCGCGUUUACUCUCAUACAUUUACAAUGCCGAGAAAGAAGCUGAUGACGUAAUCAAGGAGUUCUUAAGAAACAGUGAGGAGGAACGACUGAGUCAGGCUGAACUGUUAGAGCGAGAAAAGCAGGAGGAGAUGCGUUUGUUGAGUUCGUGCCAUUCGGAGCAGUUCAUGUUACGUACAAAAGAUACUCUUUAUGCAAUGGAAAAGUUGCUGGAAGAAGAAAUGCACAAAGCGAGAAAACUGGAGGAAUAUACUAAAUACAAAAACUAUACUGCGCAAUCACUACUCACAUUAGAAGUGAGGAACAAUGACUAUUUGGCACAAAUAGUCCAGGACCAAGAGAAAAAUAGACAAGAUCUUAUUGAUAGAUUGCGGCAGGAUGAAGUCCUGCAAAAAGCAGCGGUGGCAGCGCUGCUGGAACGUAGCGAUGCACGUUCUUGGAGUAUCGUUCAGCAAGUAAAUUUAGUACAAUCACAAUUGGCGGCGCUCACCACCAUCGAGUUAGAAAAGAAGAAACUAGAGAUCAAUCAGCAGCUCAAUGAGAUCGCCGACCGACGUGUAGCUUUAACUGCUAUUCUGGUGGAUUUGUUGGAACAGCAAAAAGCUAGAAGAGAUCAGCUGUUAGAUACGAUAAAUACGAUAGAGCAACAACGAUGCAUCUCUAAUGCCAGACGCGGCAGUUUAUUCUGGCUAAUGCAGUAUCAAUCCUUAAUGGAGGCGCGACCACAAGGACUGUUGGAAAUGUUGGAACCUAUGUUGGUUCGACAUGUCGCGAUAGCGGGAGCAUUGCACUGCCUUCCGUUCUUAGCUGCAUUGCCAUCCUUGCUACCGGAUAUCAACAGCGAGCAAUUAAAAGAUAUGGGUAUAAGUUGCGAAAAGGACUGUGCCGCUAUAAUGCUAGCGGUCGAGAAUUACUUAGCGGAGGUGAAACUGAAUGAAUCUGCUCCAUCACCUAUAAUGCCUUCUGCACCACUCGAGGAGGCUUCAACUAGUAGUCAGGACUAUAAUUUUAUUCAGAGCAUUAAUAUGACGGAAUGUGUUAUUUGUCUCGAUUCACAAUGCGAAGUGAUUUUUCUACCUUGUGGACAUCUCUGCUGUUGUUCUACGUGUGCAGAUAAGAUCCUCGCCGAGUGUCCGAUGUGCAGAAGCCCUAUCGAACGUAAAGUUCGUGUUGUGCAACCUUGAAUUCGCGAGAAGCGAAUAACGUAUUGUUCGACUUAUUCGACGAAUGAUUCCUCUCCGUAAUCGCAUAAAAAUAUUUCUUCCUAAUCUGUGAUUACACAUAUAAUACACAUAUACACACACCUAUGAUGAACCGAUUAUUUCCAUAAUAGUGGAAAGUAUAACGCGCACAACCAGUUAUAUUUACCACUGCAUGGUAAUGUGACGUUCGUGUAAAGCAUACCAUAGAAGGAGGAAGGCAUACUAGCGGCGGGACGCCAUGCGUUCGAGAUCUGCGUAUCUUUUCGUUCCAGAGGGAGAAAAAUAUCGAAAGCGCGGUUCUGCUAGGCCGGGACUCGAACCCGGGUCUUUCGCUUGCCGGGCAACUGCUCUAAACCACUGAGCUACCUGACGCUCCACGCUCACGACAUUUAUCGUUUUAUGACACAAAAACAAAUUGUUUUUCCUUGACUAGUUUUAUAUCGAUUUUUUCUAUCUUAGCAAAAACAUUAAUUCAAAUAGUCAAACCACGAAUAUACUCGAAUGUCUUUUUACACAUGCACUUUAACUCGUUUAGACGAGUCUUAGACGAUAUAGACGAAAUGCCAUUCUAAGGCGGACCGAUCAAAUUUAGUGGCACUUCGCGUCCGUAAUGCCCGACUACAAACAGUAUACAGAGUUCACAUAAAUGGAUUGCAAACAUAUCUACAUAGAUUGCAGAAUAUAUAGACAUACUUGAAGGACAACAGAAGGAAGCAAUUGCAAGACCUGUUUGUACUUGAGCAUAAAGAUGUGUUACGUAUAAGCUUUUAUAAAUAAUUUAUAUGACGGAAUUUUGAUAAAUAGUUAUGUGAAAACACCUUCGAAUUGAGCCUUACUAAUAAUUUAAAUUUCACUUCCUGUGAAAUUUGAAUUUGUUUUCUCUUUUGUGUAACUCGAUAAUUAUAUCAACUGGGCGUGAACAAAUUUCUUGUUGAUAUUAAUAUAAUAAAAAUCUCGUUUACAAAUCAUU